UCAAAACUUGCUCUAAGCUUCAAUUUUGAGACCAUACCUGCGGUUACAAGAUGAAGUCAAACAACGCAAAUCGGCUGCUAAUAUUGAUUCUUGCAUUUUACAUCACAUCUUUAGAAGCUUCUCAUGAUGAUGAUGUGAGGAUCUUGACUGUGGAAAUCAGAGGUCAGUCCAGAUUUAGUGCUGCAGAUCUUCUGUCAGGAAGGACAGAUGGUGGACAGGAGGAGAAAGAGAUUGUAAAGACUCCAGUAAUUACAGACGAGGGUCGUAGAAUGAUGCUGGUCACUGGACCAAACCUCUGUGAGGAGGACACAGCGAGACAGAUUUUCACUAUGCUGUAUCUCUCGUUUCCUGGACCUCACGUCGUUUUAAUGGUCCUGAAUCUGGAAAAUCAACAGUCACAACAGUGUGACAUUGUGAAACGAGCCCAGGAGCUGCUGGGAGAAGAAGUCCUGCAGUACUGCAUUGUUCUUCUGCUCCAAAAUCACCAGGAACAUCUCACAGGAGCAUCCAGAGAAAUGAUCAACGUGUGUGGAGGAAGAUUUCACAUCAUAAGAGACUCUGAACCAAAACAUGCUCAAGCUGCAGCUCUCGUGGCAGAAAUAAAGAAGUUAGUUUGGCUCAAUGAUCACAAAUUUUACUCAGUAUUGAGACAACAGUUACGGUCAAAAAGGCUGGAGCAUUUGAAAAGACAAAGUGAAAUAGAUGACAAACUUGUAGAAAAUCAGGUCUCAUCUCCAAGGCAUGCCAUUUUAGUAGUGAUCGGAUGGAGUCUGAUAAUUUUGCUGAUCACAGUUCUGCUAAUAAUCAUGUUAACCGCAGACCUCAGCUUCAGGCACUAUAUAAUUGUCUUGAAACUUUUGCUUUUAUGUUUUUGUGUGUUUAUCGCUUCAGUUGUUCUGAUUUUAGUGUUGUUGUUGUUGAGUUUGCUUAAAGUUUAUAUAGAAUACUUCCUCAGUUCUUUCUUGUUUUAUCCAGUGUUACUGUUGGUUUCUUUAAUGUUGAUUUUCAGUCCACAGAAGAGGACAAAUCAAAACAGAACAUAACAAGUGAGCAGUUUCUCUCAUUUUCUGGACUUAAUAGUAUUUUAACGGUACUGAAUCAAGAAUCAAAACUGCGUGAUAUUGUCAAACAAGUCCAAAAAAUGUAGCAUGUCAGGGCAGAUAACACGAGUUACGUAAUCAAAUUACUUUUUUUCAAGUAACUAGUAAAGUAAUGCAUUACUUUUUAAUUUACAAAAACAUAUCUGAGUUACUUUUUUUU